AUGUUGAGCAUAUGUACGAAGUCGGAGCAAAAGUGGCUUCAAUGUGUUGAUCAAUUGAAUGAUUUAAGCACAACGAAUUAUGUGAAAUUGUCUGGAUUCGAUGGAUCAGUUCGUCUGUUUCACACACCGUUCAACUACGGACUCCUCGAUAUACAAAUUCCAUUUACAAUAAAUAAUGAGAAACAAAUGAAUGAUAUGUUGAAUGAACGUUAUGUUUUGUCGAAUAGUAGUGAUGUAAUUGCAAUGUCUGAUGUGAAUUCAAGUGUGGAAACGAGAAAGCGGAAUGUGCAUCAUCCGAAGUAUUUCAAUGCGACAGAAGCACUUCAUGUUAUUGAGGUUGGGUUGUCUGAUGACGGAAUGCCAGUCAACGGAGGAUCGAUCAUUGUUGUACAACUACCAACGAGCGCUUGCAGUCCCACCAAACCACCAGAAAGUCUGGAUCUCAUAGUAAUAGUGAAGUCGUGUAUCUAUUGCUUUGACAAACGAUCGUACGCUCGAGACACCUACAUGAAAUCACACCUGUGGAAAGAUUUCCGAAUUCGAUUUGUUUUUGUUGUUGGACUUCCGACACCGAAUGAAACGGAUGUUUAUCAUUUCGAUGGAGUCACUGUGAAUCUUGGUCGGAACGCUUUUGGACUCUCUAAACUUUACAAGAACUCACGAUGGAUUGCUGCUAAGAAGCUGUAUGACGAGAGUCGAAAAUUCAAUGACAUGUUGGUUGGGUCAUUUCAUGAUACCUACUUCAACUUGACGUCGAAGAUGAUGUUGUCAUAUCGAUGGACUACUACAUUUUGUAAAGGACAAACACCAUUGUAUCUGUUUGUUGAUGACGAUUAUGUAUUACUGCCUGGAAACACUAUUCGACUUGUCAGGAGUUUGAAUGCUUCUGUUUUGAGAUCGACUGUUGGAGGUCUGGUGCAUUAUACGAGUGUAGUGGCAAGACCAUCGAAGGAGAAGUUUGAUUUGAGAUGGGCGGUUUCAGUGAAUGAAUACCCAUGGGAUUACUAUCCACCUUACUUCUAUGGAAUAGGUUAUUUGUUGGGUUCAAACAUUGUCAGUGAUGCUUCUGUGGCUAUGGCUUUCACACAAAGUCUUCGCAUAGAUGACUCGUUUCUAGGGAUUGUGUUGAGUCGAUUGAACAGGACACUGACUAAUAUGAAAGAGUUUUCUAUGGAUGAAUCAACACCGAAAACUAAAUAUUUUCUAGUCAUUAUCGAUAUAGAUACUGCUGAUGAUAUUAUUAAUUGGAAAACUGGCGACAUUAUGAACCAUUAA